CUCAAGUGUCUCGUGUAUGCGCUCGUUGUAGCGACGAGCUCGCUCGUGUACGCCUAUGACGACGAAUGCAACAUUCCUCUUUUGGACAGAGCUCAUCUAACAGCUACUAGUUCCAAGGCUGAUAGAGGUCCAAAGAAUGCCAGGCUGAACGGUGGAUCCUAGCAAGUAGCCUGGAGAGUAUCUUAAACGAGAUAUCUUGAAAAACAUUAUUUUUAUAAUCAGAGAUAAUUUAAGGGUGUACCAACUGCAAUCUCAGACCAGCCAAAGAAUACAGGAAUAUACGAACUGUGAUUGAAUAAGUUGAAUGUUUAGACUUAACGCAAAUAUUUUUAAAAUGUCGUCGGCCGUUCGUUGGGCAUUUAAUUGGAAAGAGUGGAAUCCGAGUCGGGAGGAGUUUGAGCAUGCGAUUUCAUGCGUACAAAGCGAAGAGAAAGCCAGACUAGGGAAAUUUGUAUUUCGUAAAGAUGUAAGGGCUUCCCUCGCAGGCAGAUUAUUAAUGAGGAAAUUCGUUAAUGAGUAUGCGGGUCUUCCAUAUGACGAAAUUACUUUCAUCAGAGAUGAACAUAACAAGCCCCUACUGAAAGAUAAUGCCGGCGCUAUAAGUUUUAACGUUUCUCAUCAAGGUUCUUAUGCAGUUCUAGCGGGUGAAAUUAGAGAUGUAAAAUUAGGCGUGGAUGUAAUGGCGUUAGAAUAUACCGGCGGUAAAAGCAUCUCCGAAUUUUUUCGUAUAAUGAACAGAAACUUCUCGGCGGCCGAAUGGGGAGAAAUCAAGGGUUCUGCUCCAGGAAAGUCUGAAAUGGAACAGAUAUCUAUGUUCUGUAGACACUGGGCGUUGAAAGAGAGCUACGUUAAAGCGCUCGGUGUGGGAAUUGUCGUUGACUUAAGGAACAUAGAUUUCCGGACAAAUUCGGAGUUGAGCAAAGACUCGGUCACAACCGAUACAGUUCUGUAUGUCGAUGAUAUUAAGCAAAAUUGGUUAUUUGAAGAAACUUUACUCGAUUCACGACACUGUGUCGCUGUGGCAUUGCAAGAAGACGAGAAAUCGCUAUUGCACAACACCACGUUUGAGAUAAUAGAUUACGAUAAACUGAUUACGCACUCAGUUCCACUCUUUCCGAUAGAUUCACAAUACACGACCCAAUAUUUCGCCAAGUCAGAAAGACCGUAGCUUCUUUGAUUAUUUAUAAAAUAAGAUCGCAACACGCAUAACAAGUGUUCCUUGCUAUAUCCAUAGUUUAAAAUGGAUACUGCACAUUGUAUAUGAGUUUGACUGCUAAUAAACUAAUAAAGAGCACUAAGCACUA